GAAAGUAAAAAAAAAAUCUUAAACAGAAGGAGACAUUGUAAUCUACCGAGAAAUAAAGAAAGCGCAAAAACACAAAACACACAUCUGUUUCGUCGCCUUUGCACGUCACGCCUUCAUCGCCACUGCCUUCCAUCGCCACUGCCUUCCAUCGCCUCCGGGUUUUCAAUUGACAAUUUCGGAUUGCUCGUGAGAAAAGGGCAUAGUAAUAGCAGAGGCAAAUGCUAAUGAUUCUGAAGCUGAUUGCGUGAUAGAUUCAUCACUGUGGAGGUUUUAAUUAGCGUCCAACUCGUUCAGGAUGAGUUCUGAAUUAUGUGGAUGAGGAUUUGGAUCGCUAAUUCCGAGUUAGUUCAGAUGAAGUGUUGUUGAAUUACUUUUGUAUUUUCAGGUUCUUCAUUAUAAAAAAAAUCUCCAGUAGUUCAUGAGUUCGCUUUGUUAGCCAGUUGUAUUACCUUUUCAAAAUGAACCCAUAUAGUGAAAAUCAAGAAGAAGCAACUGUAGCGGGAUUUGAAGUUCCAAAAUCACCUGAUUCGAGUUACAACAACGUGUACCCUGGGAAUGAAGAUGAGACACGGGACCCACCCAUGGUUCCUGCACAACUGCAAGACACAUUACUAAGCGGUCCAACAAGCAGAGACCAAUCUGAAUCCCUUCGAUUACCCCAGCAUGUGAUUGUCAACCAUCUUUACAUUGAGAACAGAGAAACCUCGCGACCUGUUGUGGCACUUGGAAUCACUCAUCGCUUCCGUGCGAAAUUCGUUACUGUCGUACUCUACAAACCUGUUCAAAGAAGGGGAAGUACCAGUAAUUGAUUUGUGCAUAUUGUACUACCUACCUUACGAGCCUUUAUUUUAGGUUUGUUUAGUUUGUCUAUGUUAUGAUUGGAGGAAAUUAUAUAAAAACCCAAAUGGGAACUAGCAGCGAAGCAUAUUUAUGUUGAUGAAGCUGCUGGUGAAACUUAAUGUUGAUCCUUGAAAAUUUUCUGGACUUGAAAUCAUCAAAUAGUUUGAUAAAGAGUAGAUGUUCCAUAAAUUCAAUUUGUUA